GGGCUGGGGGCCCUGGGCCGGGCAGCUGAACUGCGGGGGCUCCCAUAGGGCUUCCCGGACCUGGGCACCGAGAUAGCCCGCGGCCCCGGCCUGCGGGGGCCGAUAAGGCUGCCGGAGGAAGCCUAGUCAUCGGCCGCAAACAGAGCCCCGUGAGCUCUGCUGUCCCACCUGGGAGCAUCCCCGCCCUCCCAGGGGAUAUCCAGCCCCGGGAAAGGGCUCAUGGUGCUGUCUGCCUGACUGCUUCUCUCCUGCAGCCCUGAGGAGGCCCGCCUGACUUUUGACGAGUUACCAUGGCAUCCUACUACGAGAUCCUAGAAGUGCCGCGAAGUGCGUCUCCUGAUGACAUCAAGAAGGCGUACCGGCGGAAGGCUCUACAGUGGCACCCAGACAAGAACCCGGAUAAUAAAGAGUUUGCUGAGAAGAAGUUUAAGGAGGUGGCGGAGGCAUAUGAAGUGCUGUCUGACAAGUGUAAGCGGGAGAUCUAUGACCGUUACGGCCGGGAGGGGCUGACAGGGGCAGGAACUGGCCCGUCUCGCGAGGAAGCUGGUGGUGGUGGACCUGGUUUCACCUUCACCUUCCGCAGCCCUGAGGAGGUCUUCCGGGAGUUCUUCGGCAGUGGAGACCCUUUUGCGGAGCUCUUUGAUGACCUGGGCCCCUUCUCAGAGCUUCAGAGCCGGGGCCCCCGACACUCCGGCCCCUUCUUUACCUUCUCUUCUUCCUUCCCUGGGCACUCUGAUUUCUCCUCCUCAUCUUUCUCCUUCAGUCCUGGUGCUGGUGCUUUUCGCUCCGUUUCUACAUCCACCACCUUUGUCCAAGGACACCGCAUCACCACACGCAGAAUCAUGGAAAAUGGGCAGGAACGGGUGGAAGUGGAGGAGGACGGGCAGCUGAAGUCAGUCACGAUCAAUGGUGUCCCUGAUGACCUGGCACUGGGCUUGGAGCUGAGCCGUCGUGAGCAGCAACAGUCGGUCACCUCCAGGUCUGGGGGCACGCAGGUCCAGCAGACCCCCAUCUCAACCCCCUCUGACGACUUCUCUGAGGAUGAUGAGGACCUGCAGCUUGCCAUGGCCUUCAGCCUGUCAGAGAUGGAGGCAGCUGGGAAGAAACCAGCAGGUGGGCGGGGGGCACAGCGACGACGGCAGGGGCGGCCCAAAGCCCAGCACCAAAAUCUGGGUGAUGGGGGGACCCAUGAGGGUACGAGGGGUGAGGCAGCCAGGCCCAGCCCAGCUCAGGAGGAGAAGCCUUCUCGCUGCCUCAUCCUCUGAACACCAAGCCCAACCUGACCUGGUUCUGGUCCUGACUAGGGAUCCAUCUCUUACUGUCAGGGAGCAGAGAGGGGUGUGGUCUGAGUUCAGGAGUCCCUUGCCAACCCCAUGCUCCUGCCACCAGCUUGCCUCCCAGACCCACCCUCACGCCAGUGUGGACUUGGGAUUCUGUGCUCAGCCCAGGACUGAUAGGUCCCUGGCAGAAGCCCAGGGUGGGGGCCUCAGGGCAGGGAAGGGCCUGAGAGCCUGGAUGCACUUAUUGGCUGGGGAGCUUCUGAGGUGUAUUCAUGGUUUGGGCUGGGCAUCUGGUGACCAGGUCCCCAGCUGCCUGUGCUGCUGACAGGUUGAGGAAGGAGGACUUGGCCUGGAUUCUCGGAGCCCGAGUUAGCAGCUAUGCUGGGCAGUGCCAGCUGAGGGGAGUCUCCUGCUCUCCUUGUCCAGCUCCCCACCUUGGUCUCUGUGCAGUGCUGAGCUCUGACUACUACUGUUGCUUCCUUUCUGGUGCUGCUGCUGCUUCUCACUCUUCUUCCAACUCCCUGCCAGCUACAUCGCUUGCUUUCACUGUCUUCUGGCUAGGACUCCCUCCUUCCUUCCUUCCCCAAGAAGGCCUCAGUGUGGUGAGGAAGAUGCUGGGGCCGGUAGGGCUGUGAGUUCUUCUGGGGAGGCUACCUGGGUGAGGCGGGAGCCUUUUGGCCAUAUAGAUUUGGAACCAGAGUCCACUCCUUCUCGCUGCCUCCACUUGCCCCCAGCCCUGGGACUAGGCAGAGGUGAGGCUGGCUGACCUCAGAGAGGUGGGAUAGGGCCAAGGUGACCCAGGAGGGGGGCCUAGGAAGGUAUUAUUAACCCAUACCACUCCCCCACCCAGGGUUCAGGGAGAGGCCACAGGGCUAGCCCAGGCCUGCAUGCUCAGCUCCACCUCCACGGCUUUCUGUUGACCCUCUUUCCUGUCACCCGUCCCUCGCUCUCUCCCCAGAUGUAUUCUGAACUGGAUGUCCGGGACCCAGAGUCGCUGCACAGUUCCAACGGGACAGCGCCCACCCCCGUGCGCUGGGAGGGGACCCUCAUUCUUCUCCCUCACCCGCCCCAGAGCGUAGAGCCGGGGCCUGGGUGGCGGGCGGGACCGGGUGGGAGCCGGUACGUCAGUAGUCUUGGUCUGUAAACUCUUCCCUAGGUGGUUGGUGCUGUCUUUCUGGGACUACAAGUCCCAGAAUGCAACGCACCCUGCCUUAUUUGUGAAUCUGACAGACCCUGCUUGGGGGAGGCGGUGCGUGUUGUGGAGCUGUGCAUCUUGGGAUAUGUAGUGUGGCCCGUCAUUGGUUGUGGGAGUGAGAUGGGGCAAUCUUGUCAGGUGAUUUGUCCCUGUAGGAGGUGGUGAGGAUGUGGAUGAAGGGGUAAGGGGCCGAGUCUCCGUUCCGCUGACACCUCUCGCGAAGCCCAAGGUUAGAGUGUACAAGUCAAAGCCGAAGCACCUCCCGUGGGCAGUCGGGGUUCUGAAGAACAGGCCGGUCCCAGCAGGACCGGUGGGGCAGGGCGAGGCCCAGAAAGCGAUGGGCCGGGGCUGGCCUCGAGCGGGGUGGCCGUCGCCGCGGAGAGUGUGCGUAAGGCCGGGAUGGCUGUGUGAUGGGGAGCUCCGGGCAUGUUGCUGCUUGUAUGGCUUUCUCUGGCCUCUGACCCUGCUGUCCAUUUUUCUCUCCAACAUCGCAGAUGAGCCGCCUCUCCUCCUCCCUCUCUGGGGAGCCCAGGGGCCAGGGAGGGGAGCGGGGUGUCGUCAGCCCCUGUAACAUUUAACCUCAGAUACCUAUCGAAGCCCGCUGGGCUGAGCGCAGACCGAGGGGGAAACACUGGAAGUCAAUAAAGCUGAGUUCUGAGAGCAUGGUGGUGCGCUGUGUUUCUCCUUUCUUGGGUGACCUGGGAGGGCCCUGUACGACCAAUAGCCAACGCUUCAGGCCUCACACCUCCCUCUGUUGCCCAGAUAGCUAGAGGUGCAGCCCAUCUCAGCGAACGGUAGAAAGUCCCCUUUUUAAUACCAGGUUGCCCUCCCCAAGUAUGUCGCAGAAUCUUGAGAAAUGCUUACAUUCUGCUGCUCUGGCCUCUUGGGGCCUCACAAACGGUUGUUUCCCCUAAGUGGGAACGAUGCGUUCACAGUGCAGCUAGGACCAGACUAAGCUAAGACUUGACUGGAGGCAUGGGGACAGCAGGAAGCAGGUGUGAUGUGGUGAAAACCUUUAACAAAGUAUACACUCCUAAGGUCCGUAGAAGGAACCCCAGUGGUGCAGUGGUUAGUGCUCAGCCACUAACCAAAAGUUUAGCGGUACAAACCUACCAGCCACUUCUCCGGAGAAAGAUGUGGCAGUCUGCUUCUGUAAAGACUACAGCCUUAGAAACCCUAUGGGGGCAGUUCUACCCUGCCCUAUACGGUUGUUAUGAGUUACAAUCUACUUAGCAAUGGUUUGGUUUUGGUUUUAACUAAAGUCCAUAGAUUGAGCCUCUCCACGGGUUUCCUUCACUCACAGCCAGUGGGGAGUUUCAGAGGCCUGCCUUCCCUACCUGGAGUGGCACAAGUCCACCCCAACCAGGGUCCAGGCCCCAAGCUCAUCAAAACUCAGGGAGGAAAGGUGCCCAUCCCCUUUGCCCCACAGGAGAAGCACCUUUAUGUUGCCAAGUAGGGCGAUGUGGCCCCCCCCGGCUCUCCCUUCCAGGAUAGGUGCUUUGGUUCAUCUGUGCACAGACAAAGAGCCUGUAAUAUAUUUUUCUCAAAGCAAGCAGAUUGCUCUGAAAGAGGAAUUAAUGCCUUCAUCUUUAGAGAGAGAGAAUCUGCUAGAAGUUUAUAAAAUGGCUGUUUUCCCCACUUCUAGCCUUGAAAACAAACAGUUGGAGUUGAGUCUCAAUAGAGCCCAGGUGAGACAAUAGGAGGGGCCUGUAGUGUCUGAGCUGGCCCCUUCACUCCCUGCUCAGGGUAGAUGGUAUUGGCCUUAUUUUUCAUUUGAGGAACUCCCAAAUGGCCCCAGGCCCAAGGCUCUUUGUGCUCCAUUUUUGCAUCUACCACCUUUGUCCAAGGUGAGAGCUGCUCCUGAGAUCCUACAAGGUGGAGGGUUGUGGAAGCUGACGGUGGGAGAGAAGGGGAAAAAGUACCCUUGCCCCAGGUGCACACCAGUUCUGACAACUCACAGGCUGGCCUACAGUGUUUUGCUACAGAGAUGCCCAAUAGCAGAGCAGCUGGGGCUGAGGGGAGACAAUGAGGCCACAGCUGAACAGGAGGGGCACGGUCUACUGGCCUCAAACCCGAUCAUUAUAGCCUCACUGGGCACCUGAGCCUGUAUCCCCUCCUUCAGUUCUAACCUCAGUCCUGCAUGACACACAGUAUUCCUGAGGCCCAAGGGUAUGCAGCAGCUGCCUAGGAACUGAGAGGAGAGACACUCAAGUGAAGACGUUAAGCACACCGAGGUUUGAAUCCUAGCUCCACCACUUACAAGUCGGGCUACCUUGGGCAAGUUGCUUAUCACAUCUGUGCCAAAAUUUCUUCAUCUGUAAAAUGGGGCUAAUAAUAGUACCCACAUGGUAGCAUUGUGAAGAUUAAACAAG